AUGUUUCGUAACACCAUUCAUCGCCCCGAUACAUCAGUUAAUAAAUCAGUAGAGCAACAAUUGUUUGCUAAUUCCAUUGAGAAUCUGAAGAUUCGAUUGACUCGUGAACACAUUCAAUCACUAACAUUUCAUUCGAAUGUUUCAGUCGAAAAUCACUUUGAUACAUCCGAUAACAAAUCAACCGAACGACAACCAACCGUUAAAUUCGUCGGGAAUUCGAAUAUCAGCUUGAAUAACGAAUCGACCGUAACACCAACAGAUAACCAUAACUCGCUAACCAAUUUCCAAUCCGACCAUUCUUAUAAGAAAUCAAUAAAUCGACCGAUCUACAAAUCAAAUCAACAAUUGAAUGAGAAAUCGAACGAUAACUUGAAUACCGCGUAUAAUUGUGAAUCGAAUGAAACAUCGAGGAUGAGAUCUAUUAAUGCACACACAAUUAAUUCUUCUAAUCUUCAUAAUAGCUCAUUUAACAAUAUGACGUCGGGUUUGUUCAGUCGUAAUCCAAAAAUUGUCUCCUUCAUCAAUUCGUUGUUGAAUUCGAAAAAUAACCCAGGUCGAGCAUUCCGACCGCCGGAACCGAGACGGAAAACAUCGGAAAUCGAUACAAUUCUGCAGGUUCCGUCUCGGAAAACAGCUGGAUAG